AUGGGUAUAUUAUGUAUACCAUUAUCAAUGGUUUGGAUGACAUACCAUAAUAACAAGUAUAAGCCAUCGUUUCAGACAACAUCCAGUGUCCGACUAUUGUCUCCAAAAGCUAACAAUCGUUAUCAUUGUCUUAGAUCGGCGGCGCUUAUGGAGGUCAACAAUAAUACCGGCGCCAAUACUAUUGGCUUCGAUAUGAUUGACCUGAAAACCCAAUGCAUCCAAUCGAUAGGUUUUGUUUUCAGACCACGAAUCUAUGAUAAUCGUACUAUCAGUCAAGGAACUGGUGUUUUUGUAGUCGACAAUCGUCUACUGUUAACCUGUUAUCAUGUGGUCAAACAUAAUCCGUUUGUUUUCGUUCAAUAUGUUCAAAGCUAUGAUAAUCAGGGGUCGGAUUCAGACUCAAAAUCAAUAAUAAAAUCACAACCGAUCUUAAAGUUAUGCCCUAAGAAUGUGGCCGACAUUUUGUAUGUCGAACCGCACAAUGAUCUGGCAUUAGUACGGCUCAGGGAUCCGCCAUCGCCUGCUUAUAAUACACCGACAACAAUGCCGAUAACUGACAGUCCAGUGAGUACCGAUUUUGGUGCACCAGUAGCUAUGAUCGGUCAUGGCGGAAGCGUACGGUAUGUAUUGCACCCGGGUAUGGUUAUUACACCCCAAGUCGACAACUAUUUGAUACCCAUUGAGUACUAUAUAAGUGUUAUACCGUUCAAUGAAAAACUGCCGAUCGUAGCCCACAGUACUGUCGUAUUGCCCGGCAAUUCGGGCGGUCCUGUCAUCGAUACCAAUGGCCAAGUAUGCGGUAUAUGUUGGGGAGGUGUUAUAAGACGUGGACAGAUAUCGUUUGCAAUCGGAUCGGAAAUAUUGAUGGAGUUUAUGGCUAAAGCAUUGGCCUAUGAAAGUGAUGGUAUAAAGCAAACCCGUCUCAGGGAUCGGUAUGAAUGGGACAGUCGGGCUAUUAGACAGAUAUUGGGUAUAAUUAUAGAUACAAAACCAUUGUCGGAUAGUUUUACAGUCACAGCGGCACUACCGACGGCCACAACUGAUGCAAAUAUUAUUAUCGGUAGACGUAUUUGUUUAAUUAACGGACAGGUAUGCAAUAGUAUCGAUAAUAUCCGAUUGGCUAUCGAUAAUAGACCGCAUGUCAAAGUGACCACUAGUUGGUCUACCACUGAUGAUGACGACUACAGUACCGAAACACAUAGUAAUGACAUCAUUAAACUCAUUGACAUCAAUACGAUAACAACCAUCGAUAACAAGAGUACUUGUAUUAUACCAUUAGUUUUUUGA